AUGGAAGAUUACCAAGUUACGAUGUUUCAAGACCUAGUAAUGGAAGGGAAAUGGGAUGAUGUAAUCGAAAAAUACCAAGAAGAUAGUAAUUAUCACAAUAUAUUACUCGAGAGAAGAGGAACAGCGUUACACGUGGCAAUAAACAGUUGGCGCAAUGAUGUACUAAAAAGUCUUGUUGAAGCAAUAUUAGAAUUUGGUGAUCAAAGUAGUUUGAAAAUUGUGAAUGACAGAGGUGCUACUCCUCUUCACCUUGCAGCGCAGAUAGGAUACACAAAUGCAUGUGAAAUUAUAAUUGGAAAAGAGGGUCAAAGGAAACCUUUAGUUCAAGUGAAAGAUGAAAAUGGAGAAACACCACUUUUUUGGGCUGUACGUGCACGUCACAUAUCAGUGUUUGUUUACCUACGACAGUUUUAUCCUCUUGACCUCAAUAUUGCUAUCGAUAAGCAUAAUACUAGCAUCCUUCAUGUUGCCAUCUCCAAAGAAAUGUUUGAGAUGUGGAGAGAAAAAGACUAG